AUGACAAGGCGCAGGCGCUCAUCUGGUUCGUCAAAUAUAUCAGAGACAGAACGACUACUGCCAUCUGAAGAGCCACGUAUAACUGACACGAGUAUUGAUGAGCCCGAGUCAAGGAAUCCUCUUUCAGAGCGGAGAGAUAGUAGCAUCUCAGAGGAGUUUACUAAGCAAGAGUCCUACGAGAAGAACCCAUUUCUUGACCCAGAUGUUGCCGAACACUGGCGACGUACGUACGAAGAAUCUAAAUAUGAGUGCCGGCACUUGUUUGACCCCAACCUGACAUGGUCCGAGGAGGAGGAGAAGCGACUAAUUCGACUUAUUGACUGGAACGUCUGCCUUUGGUCGUGUGUGAUGUUUCUUAGCCUACAGGUAGACCGAAGUAAUUUAGGGCAGGCUGUGUCGGACACAUUUCUACAAGAUCUCGGGCUUAAUACUAAUGACUUUAACUGGGGUAACGCUAUCUUUCGACUCUCCUUUAUAUUGGCCGAAUUGCCAUCUCAGUUUAUAUCGAAGAAAAUUGGCCCAGAUCGCUGGAUACCAACUCAAAUAACUCUAUGGUCUAUUGUUGCAAUUUCGCAAUGUGCCCUAACUGGGCGAUGGUCCUUCUUCGUUACGCGGGCAUUGCUUGGUGCCCUUGAGGGGGGAUUUAUUCCAGAUAUCAUAUUGUGGUUGUCGUAUUUUUAUACGUCGACUGAACUCCCCAUUCGUCUGAGCAUUUUCUGGACAACAUUGCCGGCUACUGUGACGAUAACCUCCUUGCUGGCAUUCGCUAUCUUUCACCUUAGUGGUGUGAAUGGCUGGGCUGGUUGGCAAUGGCUCUUCCUAAUCGAGGGUCUGUUCACUUUGGCCAUCGGCAUUACAUCGUAUGCGAUGAUGCCGGCUUCUGCAGUGCAGACAAAGUCUUUUCUCCGACCUAAUGGGUGGUUUAAAUCUAGCCGCGAAGUUGCCAUUGUAGUAAACCGAGUCUUGCGCGACGAUCCUUCCAAAGGAGAUAUGAAUAACCGCCAGCCUAUCACCCUAUCGCAGCUCUGGAGUGCAAUCACAGACUACCAUCUAUGGCCCCUCUACAUAAUUGGCCUCGUUGCCUUUAUUCCACAGACCCCACCAAGCAUAUACAUAACUUUGAUCCUACGCUCAGUUGGAUUCAGCAAAUUUGUUACUAGCCUUCUCACAAUUCUUCCCAGCCUACUCUAUGCUUUCAAUUUGCUCUUGAUUACGUAUGCGUCGGAGUGGCUCAAUAAUAGGUCAUUGGUAGCAAUUAUCCAACCUAUGUGGGCUCUUCCAUUUCUCAUUGCUCUACGCUUCUGGUCGGGUCUCAUUGAAAAUGCAUGGGGAACCUUCGCAUUGGUGACGGUUAUAGUCGGGGGACCUAAUUGCCAUGCAAUCAUUGUUGCUUGGACAUCCAAAAACUCUAAUAGCGUUGGUGCACGCACCGUGUCAUCCGCACUGUACAAUAUGGCCGUCCAGGCAGGCGAUAUCAUAGCACUAUUCAUGUACCGCGAUGAUGACAAACCGCUGUACCAUCGUGGAAACACAGAGUUAUUGAUGGUAAAUAUACUGGUCGUUUUCAUCUUCAUUGGCACGAAAGUUUACUAUACCUACGAGAACAGGAGAAGAGAUAGGAUUUGGAAUAACAUGAAGGAAGAAGAACAAAAAGACUAUAUCAGAAAUUCGAAGGCCCAGGGAAGCAAAAGGCUCGAAUUUAGAUUCGCUUCCUGA